ACGCUAGCAGUCAUGUGAUAGUAAUAUAGUACAACUGUAGUACAGAGCAACGAGUCAGUCUGAGCGCCGUUUGGCAUAGCAGCCCAUCUCAAGGGCAAAUACUGCAGCUAUAUACAUUAUUCUUCUCAGUCUGGGGCAAAUUAAAUCUUUGGAUUUUGAGGAUUUUCGAUUUAAAAAAACUAAAGGUACUGCCUAGGAUACAGUAUAUUUUUAAAUACAGCAAACAUUUGCUGUGAGAUUUGUCUGUCUUUGCUGGGCUCCUGUACUCAUUUUCUUUUGGAAGUGGUGGUUUUUGGAAACUUGUAUUUCUUUUUGCCAAGGGGUGUUCCUGUUGGUUACCCUGGAUUUUGAUUCUUCCUCUUUCCCAGGAAGUGCAAAGACAGAGGUGCAGGCAUCUCAACAAACCAGCUGACACAUUUGGCGCAAAGAUUUGGGGAAAAGAGGAGACUUUUCAUUGGCUGGGCCAGGAAUGGUGGAUCACUUGCUAGCGAACGAGGAGACCUUCCUGCUGUAUGGUGGCUCCCCACCAGCCUAUCACCUGUCGGACAUGGUGACCGACACGGGGAGCUAUCAGGUGCUGCCCUCCCCAUUCUCAGAGGAUGACGUGAGCGACUCGUCCAGCCUGCGGUCCUGCUCCAGCCCGGACUCCCAGGUGCUGAGCUCCAGCUAUGGCAGCAGCUCCAGCAUCGAGAGCCAGGACAGCAUCCUGGACUUCCUGCUGUCCCAGACCUCGCUGGGCAGCGCCGGGGGGACCACCCCUCUCCCCAGCUUCCUGUGGGAGUCCAGGCGGGGCUCCCAGGCCCUGCCGGUGAAGGAGGAGAGCUUCGACUUCCCUGUCUUCCCAGCCGACCUGGAGGACCCCUGCGGGCCCUUCCAACCCACCCUGGAGGAGAUCGAGGAGUUCCUGGAGGAGAACAUGGAGGUGGUCGCUAUGAAGCAGGAGCCUUGCGAGGGGGCGGGGCCAGCGGUAGGUUGCCGGGUGUUGGAAGCCGCGCCUCAGGCCCCACUCGCCGCCGGUGUCACUGUCGUCUCCGGCACUGAGACCAAAAGCACGUUGUCCAAGCUGGGCCUCAGCUGCGGAGCCGACGGGGUUAAAAAGGAAGCCCUCGGCAAGCCGGCUUCCACGGACGGGGGCGGGAUGCCGGUCAUCCUACAGAUUCAGCCCGUCCAAAUCAAACAGGAGCAGAGUUCCUGCUCGGGCCCCGCGGCCCCCCCGGCGCCCUCGUCCCAGCCCGCCUCCGACAUUAAAAUCACCCAGCUGCUGGUCAACAUCCAGGGACAGACCUUCGCCCUGGUGCCGCAGCUCCUGCCGUCCGCCAGCGUCAACAUGUCGUCCAAGUUUGUCCGCAUCGCGCCGGUCCCCAUCGCCGCCAAGCCGGCGGGGCUGGGGGAGGGCGGGGCCGGGGGCCAGGCGGCGGGCCUCCUGGUCGGAGGGCAGAAGUUCCAGAAGAAUCCGGUCGCAGACCUGAUCAAAAUGCACAAAUGCACUUUCCCCGGCUGCACGAAGAUGUACACCAAGAGCAGCCACCUGAAGGCCCACCUGAGGCGACACACGGGAGAGAAGCCCUUCGCCUGCACCUGGCCCGGCUGUGGAUGGAGGUUCUCGCGGUCGGAUGAACUGUCCCGGCACAGGCGUUCUCACUCGGGGGUAAAGCCGUACCAGUGUCCUGUUUGUGAGAAGAAGUUCGCCCGCAGCGAUCACCUGUCCAAACACAUCAAAGUCCAUCGCUUUCCAAGAAGCAACCGGACAGUACGCACAACAAAUUGACCCUCAGAUAACACCGCAGUGGACUAAUGCCAAGGGAAGAGAGAGUCUCUGUGUGUGUGUGUGUGUGUGUGUGCGCAUGCGCGUGUGAGUGUUUGUGUGUCUGUGUGUGUGUGUCCAUACGUAUGAGCACACGUGCGUGUACGUACAAAAUACAAAUGAAAGGCUUGUUUAUGGUACUGUGAUAAUUUAUUGUUUAAAAAUGAAUAGAUAAACACAAAACUAAAAAGAACACUGUUACUCAAUAUUAUUUUGUAUGAAUGUUUUUUGCAGAUUGUAUUUUUUCUGUUUUAUGCAAAUUUUUAAAAUGAAAACAUCAAGCUAUUUUAUUCUAAAUACAGUUUUUACAAUUUCUUAGGAGUUUUAUUUUUCGUGGACGUACCGACCUUUCUUGUUUUUAUGAUCAGCGACUAAUGGGUUGAGGCUCCUUGCGUUGUUAAAUGAUAACAGCUAAGGAAGGUGAACCCUUUGUUCUUUUGUUUUCAACUAAAUAUUUAACGGUACUCUCUCUCUGCUUCCCCCUGUUAUCUGAAACAUGGCAAUUGGCACUACUGACACUUACGCAAUUUUUCACAAUAAGCUAUAGGGGAAAUUUGGCGAAUGUUCCUUAGCAUUUAUUGUUAAUGAAAUACAAACGAUGAGCCUUGAUUCUUAUCGAGGGGUUAAAGGCGGGUGGGUUGUCAUACAAUCAAUUUGAAAAGUGAAACGACAAAAAGAAAUGCGCACAUGGAUGAUUGUAUAUCUGUAUGUGAACUGACUAGCCUUCUGAUCAGUAUUGAUACAUCAUCUUUUUAUUGUUUGUAUUAUGUUUUUGUCAUUUUUGAAAAACCUAUUUUAUUUUCUUACUAUUUUUGACUUUCCUUUAAUGUUAGUAGAUCUUGGAAGGCCAUUCUUUUGGAAAAACAAACCCUGUUUGGCCUUAACAGCAUUCUUAGAGGGGGGGGCCAAUGUUAAAUUUUGGCAUGUUUAGGAAAGAGAAAGUAUGUGUUGGGUAAAUGCUGUCAUAUAACAUUGUUAUAAGGAAAGUUAAAACAUAUGAUCGCAGUCCUCUAAUACUCUCUAAGAUCCAUGAAUAUUUAGUUCAUACAGCUCUGGAGCUGAAUGUCCCAUUUUUCAAUAUUUUUUUCUUACAAAAACUGCCUCAAGUGAUCAAAACUUGUUACUGGAACACCCAUCAGCCUUGUAUACACAUGGGAAUAUUAGGUGCACUAGUUGGCUGGAACUGGAAACGUUUGGUGCUAAAUUCUUGGACAACCCAACAGCAACCUCACGACCUGCUGGGAAAUGUAGCCAAGGUCAUUGUUGAGUGACGGACAUGUUUGUAGUCCAGUGCUUUCCUGUAUUCCAUUGAACAGAGCAGCAGCUUUGUAUGUUAUAAAUGUACUAUGGCAGACAUGUGGGUCUGUCAUACUGUGUAUAGGCCUAUAAGUCCAUGUGUGUUCUCAGAAAGAUGCUGAGGGACAGUAUACUGUACAGUGAUGCAUUCCUUCCAUUCAAUUUUGAAUUAUUUUAAUGCUUGUAAUAACAGGUGUUUAUCACAUCCUAUGAAUGUAUGUAAAUAAGCAGAAAUGUACAUAACUGCAUCUAUAUGAAAGAUUAUUAUAAAUAACAUCUUAAGUCUGUGAUUUGUGGAAAUUUUUAGUGUAAGUUGCAAACCUGUACAUAACAUAACAAUUCAGUACAUAUAAAUAUAUUAUAUUUUUUCUUUGUUCUACAUAAGACACAUUUACAAAUAAAAACAAAAAACAUACA